UUUGCGGCAGGAAUUGUUUAGUGAAAAUCGUUUCUGUAAUCGUUUAGAAUUAAAAUAUGCCUAUCCAAAAGAAGAAAGUGAAAAAAGAUAAAAGUGAGGUGAAACCGGCGGGCACCAACAUCAAACAGGAACCGGAGGAGUUGAAGCCGCUGGGCGAAUAUAUUGACGACCGGCUGGAGCUAAUCCGGCAGGUGUUUUCGUGUGUGAAGCCGAAAGAAAUCAACUAUCUGCUGCCGGAUUUUCUGGAAGGAAAGUCAAACGAUAUCAUCAAGGAACGAUGCCUGGAUGAACUACUGGGAAUCUCGACGAAGCGCUUGCGCUCCAUCAUCAACAACACCAAGUGUCCCACGGACACAGAAUCCGACUCGGAGAAUUCGGACCUAGAAAAGAUCGAAGAACACAUUUCGCUGGAUGAGAUUUCUUCCGAUUCCGAUGCGGAUGGAAAACGUUCCGGCAAGAGCGGAGCGGCAAGAGACAAACGCAAGGCUAAUGCCGAAAACAGUAAACCAGCGGACGAGAGAAAUGGUGGAGAUGCCAAGAGUGAAAAGGAAAUGACUGUUCUCGAGUUGCUGGAGUUGCAAGCCCGGGCACGUGCCAUUCGAUCUCAGCUAGCCCUGGAACCGGUCACAAAGAUUGAGAUCGAUUCCGAGCAUGAAGACGAGGACGCUCGCCAGGCUGAUGUCGACACGGAUGAGGAAACAAAUCGGGUCACACGCAAACGUGCUUCACCGAAAACGGUCGCGGCCAGCUCGGUAGAAAAUGGGAAACAACCGAAAACGGAAAACUCAACGACAGAGCAGCAACCGCGGAGAGUUCGCUUGAAGAGAAACUUCCGCGUCCGGCAAGCAGGCGACGAUGAUAGCGAUGCCGAUGAGGUUUCCAGUAACGCGGCGGAAAAAUUGCCCACACCGGCAGCAUCAGAACCUGAGCCAUGCCCCGAACCGAAUCAAGUGGAAACCGUUGAGCUCACGAGUGAAAAGACGGCUUCCGUUGAGGUACAAAAAGAGUCGAAUGAACCGAAAGACACGGAAAAGGCUGCUGACGGAACAGAACCAAAUCCAACUCCAACGCCUGCUGUUGUUGAAAAGAACUCCGAAGUGGUUGCGGACUCUGACACGACUGCGACAAAAGAGGUGACCACGACACCGGUUCCAGGUACGUCACCGGCUCCAGCAGCAGAUUCGGCAUCAGCUCCGGUUCCUGUCGAAGAAGAUGUGGCCGUCGAAGAACAAAGCAAACAACCGGCUGCCCGUGAUGCGGAUCGUGAGAGCUCCCCAGAGGUAAUACCGGUCGAAGCCAGCCCUGAAACACUUUGCAUUUCGUCCGAUUCGGAAGAGGAACGUUUGGCCAAGCAGCGAGCUUCGAUCUUCGUCGACAACAUUGAGGAACUGGAUCGUCAAGCACAGGAAACAGUUGCGGAACCACCGGAAAAGCCGGCCGAUGAGGAUGAGGAACCGGAAGAAGGAGAAAUCUCCGAAGAAGAAGAAGAACCGCCCGCUCCGGUGGUUGAGGAAAGCGUACCCCAAGAAAAUGCAGCAGAGUCAGCGAAAGAUGCGGACGGCGUUGCUGAUAAUCCUUCACAUGAGUUGAUUGCAGCGGAUGAUAAGAAUGAAGCGGGAGAUACCACGACCGCUGACAAUCCCGUUGCACAACCAACUUCCGAUGACGUGCCAGCAGUUGCAGAAGAAAUCCAAUUGCUAUCCUCCGGCAGCGAAGAGUCAGGAUCGGAGUCCAGCGGUGACUCUGGUUCGGGCAGCUCUGGCUCAAGCGACAGCGAGGCGGAUGAGAAUGAGGAGAAAAAGAAGAAAACUGCCGAACCGACGCAGAAACUCGAUCCAACCCAUGACGAUGCGGAUAUUGUCGAAAUCCACGAUUCCGGCGACGAGAAACUGUUGCUAGAUGACAAACCGGCGGAGCCCGAGAAUCCGGAGGAAAAAUCGUGGAACUCACGCUGGCUCAAGAGUAAUCGAGUAGCCAAGGUAAUGGCGGCCUCACGGCUCGGUAACAAGGUGAGGGAAAAAUUGAAGAAAAAGAAGCAAAUCCAGCAAGCGGAGCAGCAGCAACAGCAGCAGCAGCCCCAACCAGACACAGAAGGCACUGACCCAGCGACGGAAAGCCAGCAAGCGGAAUCAGCGGUUGCCGAGCAACCGUCCAAUGUGGAGGUCGGUUCAGUUGAACACUAUCGGGAGCUGGUAGCGCAACAGGAAACCAAGGAUUAACUCAACGUAAUUUCCAUUCAAUAAACUCCUUUUCGUGAA